AUGGAGCGGCAGAACAGCUUGCGGGAGCGGGCCGGGAGCGCGCGGCUCCGCGCGGGCAGCCACCGGGCGUCCAUGCACCAGCGGUCGUCGGCCGACAUCGUCGCGGUCUCGACCGAGAUGCGCCAGCGCAUGGAGGCGCGCAAGCAGGCCAAGAAGGGCGGCAAGAAGGGCGGCAACGACCAGCAUGAUGCUCGGCGUGAGCUUGUCAUGACCGAGCACAAGAUCAGCAUCCCCGAGCUCUGCGCUGACCUCAUGACCGAUCCCGAGGUCGGUAUGUCGACCGACCACGUCGAGAUGCGCAAGCAGAAGGAAGGCCUCAACAUGCUCACGCCGCCCAAGGAGGUCUCGGAGUGGAUCAAGCUCUUCCGCGAGCUCACGGGCUUCUUCUCGAUCCUGCUCUUUGUCGGCGCGGCCGCGUGCUUUGGCUGCUACUUCCUCGCGUACGACAUCACGCAGCUCUACACGGCGACCGCGCUCUUCGUGACGAUCCUCGUCACCGGGUUUUUCUCGUACUUUCAGAACCGCAAGUCGUCCAACCUCAUGGAGUCGUUCAAGAACAUGAUGCCCACGAUGAUCACGGUCGUCCGCGACGGCAAGUCGCAAAAGAUCAACGCAUCCCAGCUGGUGCGCGGCGACAUUGUGCUCCUCAAGGGCGGCGACAAGGUGCCCGCCGACAUCCGCGUCGUCGAGUGCUCGGACGACUUUUUGGUCGACAACUCGUGCCUCACGGGCGAGUCGGAGCCAAUCAAGCGCGUGCCGCACUGCACGGACGAGAACCCGCUCGAGACGAAGAACCUGUGCUUCUUUGGCACGCUCAUUCCGCAAGGCAACGGCAAGGGCAUCGUCGUCAACAUUGGCGAUUCGACUGUCAUGGGCCGCAUCGCCAAGCUUGCGACCGCCACGGGCUCGGAGCUGACCCCGAUCGCGCGCGAGAUCAACCACUUUGUGCACAUCAUCACGGGCGUCGCUGUCACGACCGGCGUCAUCUUUUUCAUUGUGGGCUUUAUCAAGAAGCUCGAGUUUUCGACCAACCUCGCGUUCAUGAUUGGCAUCAUUGUCGCCAACGUGCCCGAAGGCCUCCUCGCGACCGUGACCGUGUGCCUCUCGCUCGCGGCGUCGCGCAUGUCGAAGAAGAACAUGCUCGUCAAGAACCUCCAGGGCGUCGAGACGCUCGGGUCCACGACGUGCAUUUGCUCGGACAAGACGGGCACGCUCACGCAAAACAUCAUGACGGUCGCCAACGUCGUGUACGACAACAAGAUUUUCGACGCCGAGUGCUCGCUCACGCCGACGCCCAGCUACAACCUCGCGGACGACAGCUUUGUGCGCCUUCAGCGCUGCGCGACGCUGUGCAACAAUGCGGUCUUUGACGAAGAGUCCAAGUUUGAGUCGAUCGUGUCGGCUGACGGCGACUCGAUCUCGCGUGGCGCACCGCUCGUCUUCAAGGUUAACGACAAGAUCAACUGGGAGACGAUCGGCGACGCGUCCGAGUCGGCCAUGAUCAAGUUUGUCCAGGACAAGCGCGAUAUCAUGGAGUACCGCAAGGCGUGCCCCAAGGUCAAGGAGAUUCCGUUCAACUCGAAAAACAAGUACCAAGUCUCGAUCCACAAGCUCGACGACGACGAGUCCAAGAACUUGCUGCUUGUCAUGAAGGGCGCGCCCGAGCGCAUCACGGCGCGCUGCGGCUCGGUCAUGAUCAACGGCCAGGAGCUCCCGAUGACGCCCGAGCGCCUCGCUGAGAUUGACGACCUUCAACUCCAGCUCUCGAAGCGCGGCAUGCGUGUGCUCGGCUUUGCGGAAAAGUCGCUCGACGUCGCGCGGUACCCGCACUCGUACGAAUUUUCGACCGACAACCCCAACUUUCCCCUCGGCGAGAAGGACGUCGACUACGACAUGAUCCCGACGCCGCUCAAGAACGUCGAAGAGCCGCUCUGCUUUGUCGGCCUCAUGGCGCUCAUCGACCCGCCGCGCCCCGAGGUGCUUGGCGCUGUCGAGAAGUGCAAGACGGCCGGUAUCCGCGUCAUCAUGGUCACGGGCGACCACCCCGUGACGGCCAAGGCCAUUGCGCACAAGGUCGGCAUCUUGUGGGGCCCGACGAAGGAAGACAUUGAAGAGUCGAACGCGGCGGGAAACUUGUACGAGGACCCGAGUAGCGCGCGUGCGAUCGUCGUGCCUGGCUGGACCAUCUCGGUAGACACGCCCGAGGAAGAGUGGGACCGCAUCCUCGACCACCCGCAGAUUGUGUUUGCGCGCACGUCGCCGCAGCAGAAGCUCAUCAUUGUCGAGAACUGCCAGCGCCGCAAGGAGAUUGUGGCCGUGACUGGUGACGGCGUGAACGACUCGCCGGCGCUCAAGAAGGCCGACAUUGGUGUCGCCAUGGGUAUCAUGGGCUCGGAAGUCUCCAAGGAAGCGGCCGACAUGAUCCUCCUCGACGACAACUUUGCCUCGAUCGUCUGCGGCGUCGAAGAAGGCCGCAUCAUCUUUGACAACCUCAAGAAGUCGAUUGCGUAUGCGCUGGCGGCCAACAUCCCCGAGCUCGUCCCGGUCUUGCUCAACGUCAUCAUCAACGUGCCGCUGCCGCUCACGGCGCUGCUCAUGAUUGCGAUCUGCCUCGGCACGGAUAUGGUGCCGGCGAUUUCGAUGGCGUACGAAGGCGCCGAGAACGACAUCAUGCUCCGCCCGCCGCGCAACGCCGCCGUCGACCGCCUCGUCACCAAGAAGCUCAUUACGUUCUCGUACCUCAUGAUGGGCAUCAUUGAGGCGACGGCCGGCAUGUUCUGCUACUUUACGGUCAUGAACAGCUACGGCUACUCGCCCAAGGUGCUUCCGGGUCUUGGUGGCGCUUACUACGGUCGCCAUGUCAUGUGGUGCAAGACUGACGGUGGCGUCUACUGCUCGGCCGGUGGCAAGUCGCUCGAUACGCCGCUCGGUGCGUUUGGCCCCGAUGCCAAGUGCGGUCUCACGUACAACGCUACGAUUCCGACCGGCGGCAACAUUUUUGACGCUCAGAUCUUCUGGGACCCUAAGGAAGAUGGCACGCUCGUCGACUGCCAGUAUGCGGUCGGCAACUUUGUUGGCGGCGACUCCAAGCCCGGCAACUUUGACAAGUUCAACCCGACCACGUAUGGCUCGUUUACCAGCAAGAACGCGGUACCGACGUACCAAUCGAUGGCGGCGGCCUACGCCGCGGGCUACCACCCGUACACACCGAUGAAGGCGCGUCGGUCGAGCUUCUUCAAGAAGACGUACCUCGAGUACGACGUGACCAGCUCGGACGUUGUGGGUCUUGGCAGCGCGACCCCCGAGCUCAUGGCGAGCUACCAACCGUUUGGUGUCUGGGCGGCGACGUCGACUGAUACGGACGGCGGUCUCAGUAACUCGGACUACGUCGACAACUUCAAGGACCAGCUCGUGGCGAUCGUCUCGGCCAACGGCACGGCGAGCGCGACGACGACGCCGAUGGGCGACCAAAAGUACAGCAAGGCCACGUACGUCCGCCAGGUCAAGAACGCGGACGGGUCGGUGUCGUGCUCGGGCGUCGCGUGCUUGCUCGACUUUGCUGCCGGGUUUACGUACACGGAUACGAGCGGCACGACGUACUCGAACGUGCUCUCGCGCGUCAUGCAGUCGGAGGCGCUCGCGAUUGCCCAAACGGCGUACUUUGUCGCGGUCAUUAUGAGCCAGUGGGGCAACCUGCUCAUCUGCAAGACGCGGUACCUCUCGCUCUUCACGCAGGGCAUGCGCAACGACGUGAUGUUCAUGGGCCUCAUGUUUGAAACGCUCAUCGGCGCGAUCAUGAGCUACUCGGGCUUCUUCAACACGAUCUUCUCGACGGGCUCGAUGCGUCUCACGCACUGGUUCUGCGGUAUGCCGUUCACGCUGCUCAUCUUUUCGGUCGACGAGAUGCGCAAGUACAUGCUGCGCGAAACCUCGGUCACGACUGUCGACCCGGACACGGGCCGCAUGGUGCGCACGCCCGGCUGGAUCGAGCGCAACACGUACUACUAA